GUGUUAUCGCAUACCGUGCGCGCGCAGGUCGACCAACUGUAGCGUUCGAUUUUUAAAAUUUCGCGCUGUGUUGUGUACUUACGUGUUUGGUUUGUAAAAAAAAAAUAUUGUUUAUGGUUUAAUGAAAUAUAGUGGAACUUUUUGGUGCGACGACUGUUAAGAAAACACAAAAUGCCGGCCUACGAUAACGAGGGGGCAACCAUAUCAAUGGAAGAUGUCAGAGACCCAGACGACAGUACACUAAGAAUAAGCACCAUAGAAGACGAGCUAGCUUCUAGAAGGAACCGCAUGUUCAAGACACAGCAGUCCACAGUAGCUUCUAGAAGACAGCAAGCUGUUUGCGUUAGAAGAGCACAUAAGAAGUAUGGGACAACCACAAAUCCUAAUGUCAUUUUGGAUGGCUUGAAUAUGACUGUUCCUAAGGGUACAAUAUACGGCCUCCUCGGUGCAUCAGGGUGUGGGAAAACCACCCUCCUCUCCUGCAUAGUCGGGAGGCGCAGACUGAACUCUGGUGAAAUAUGGGUGCUGGGUGGCAGACCGGGAGGACCCGGGAGCGGGGUCCCAGGACCCAGGAUAGGAUACAUGCCACAGGAAACAGCUCUAUUCGGCGAGUUUUCGAUACGGGAGACAAUGAUCUACUUCGGCUGGAUCGCUGGGAUGACCACAAAAGAAGUUGAUGAGAGAAUCGAUUUUCUUGUCACGUUACUGCAGUUGCCAAAUCCUACAAGACAAGUGAAGAACCUUUCUGGGGGUCAGCAGCGAAGGGUGUCCCUGGCUGCGGCGCUGUUACAUGACCCUGAACUGCUAAUCCUGGAUGAGCCUACAGUGGGAGUAGACCCUGUGUUGAGACAGAGUAUAUGGGACCAUUUAGUGGAAAUAACCAAAGGCGGCAGGACUACGGUUAUCAUCACCACCCACUAUAUCGACGAGACUAAACAAGCUAAUAUUAUCGGACUGAUGCGUGGAGGCAGAUUCUUGGCUGAAGAAUCACCGAUGGAACUAAUAAGGCGGUACAACGGAGAGAGCUUAGAAGAUGUAUUCCUGAAGCUGUCAGUGCUACAGAACAGAGGGAAAAGACGAAGGUCCAGCAUUUUAGCUGAUGUGGUGGAGAGGGUCGAGGUUCCUGCUAUACCUGAUCCAAGGGUAGACUCUGAAGAUCCAGAAAUAGGAGAGAUCUCCGGAGAGUUCGGAGACAACGUCUCCAUGACCAGCAAAGGAAGGGGUAUAGUCGCCGAACCAGCCGUGGUAGAAGCUCUACCCCCAGAAGAGAACCACUCGAGGGGUAUUCUGGAGAGGAUCAAACCUAUGAAGAUGCAUCACAUGCAGGCACUGGUUUGGAAGAACUUUUGGAGUUUAUUUAGAAACUUUGGUUUAUUGGCAUUCAUCGUUGGUCUGCCAAUUUCACAAAUGUUCCUCUUCUGCCUUGCCAUUGGCCACUACCCCGUUGGCCUGCCAAUAGCGGUGGUCAACCACGAAAUGGGUGCCAACAACACCAACGUUUUAUGCCAAUACGACAAGGACGACUGCCCACAAGACCCUGACACGUGGGAAUGGAAUUUGACACGAUUCAGCUGUCGAUAUUUAGACUUUUUGUCUAAAAGACAGAGUAAUUUGAUCGCCUAUUCAUCAGAGAGCGUAGCAAUGGCGGAAGCGGAGCACGGCAAAGCGCGAGUGGUGCUCGUGUUUCCCGCCAACUUCUCCACCAGUCUGCAGGAGCGCCUGCGGGACCCGAGACAUGCGGAUGUGUACACCGUCAUGAGCUCUGACAUCCAGGCGCAUAUGGAUGAUACUGACAAGCAAGUGGAAUGGAUGCUGAACAGAGAUCUCCUCCUCUCGUUCAUGGAAGCCACAGAACAUUUGUCUGAAAUAUGUAAUUUGCCUACUAGAUUACUCUCCACGCCUGUGUAUAUUCAUAAGCCAAUUUUCGGUUUGGAAGUCCCCAAUUUCACCGAUUUCGCUGGCCCAGGCGUUAUUUUAACGAUCAUCUUUUUCUUGGCGACCGCUUUGACAUCGGGCUCGAUGUUAGCGGAGCGGAACGAAGGGAUCCUGGAGCGGUCCUUAGUUUCGGGAAUUACGGGUACUGAGAUACUGUUCGCCCAUGUACUGGUCCAGAUGUUGGUGAUGAUGGUCCAGACUGCCACGGUGCUGGUCAUAGGGUUCCUGGUCUUCGGUCUAACCCUCAGAGGACCUGUGGUAUGGGUGGUCAUCCUGACACUCAUUAACGGGCUUUGUGGGAUGACAUUUGGUUUUGUCGUGUCUUGUCUGUGUGACAAGGAAAGGACAGCGACUUAUUUGGCCUUGGGUUCGUUCCUGCCUAUGAUGCUGCUGUGUGGAAUUAUAUGGCCUAUUGAAGGCAUGCACAUCAUCCUGCAAUACAUCAGCUAUGUCCUCCCACUCACUAAAUCAACGGAGUCCCUGCGGUCCAUGCUGCAGAGAGGCUGGUCCAUCACCAUGCCGACCGUGUACUCCGGAUUCAUUUCCACCACCGUCUGGAUCGUUGUCUACCUCACGCUCAGUAUCCUGCUUAUCAAGUUUAAGAAAGGCUGAAAAACUGUUAGAAUAUUCUAAAAUAUAAGCUUAGUAUUAAUUACAUAAAGGUAAUAACUUAUUAGAGCCAUCCCGCACCGCCUCGCCUCGUGAUUGCUUGCAAUAGGCUGGUUAACACUUUUUUAUGGGUCUUAAAUUGUUCAUUAUCAUAUAAAUAGAUUGAAAAAAAUAUUUUUUCUUGAGACAUGAAAACAUAAACAUGUUAAUUUUUUUUUGACAAUACAAGCAAAAACGCUAUCGGCCAUAAUGGUCUAUAUUUUAUCUGUUUCAUGAAAUCACGUGAGCCCGUAAACACUAAACCCUAACCUAACGGUUUAAUCGAUUUACAAGGUUAUGACGCAAACGGAAGCAAAUAGUUAGACAUGCCUUAGUGACAUCAGUAAUAUCGUGACGUCUCAAAAUGGACGACAGCAUUUUGGACGUUUGGAAAAGUUUUCUAUGAAAACUUUAACUUUUUAAUUUUUUUUUAUUUAGGACUCAUUUCCAUGUACUACCUAUACGAAAUUAAUAUCAAUUAUAUUAAAUUUGAUAUGAGUCAACUACCCUAUUGAUGCAAUCCCACUACGUAAAAAAGUUGAUACACAUGCAUAUUUUAUUACAUAAGUGAGGGUAUUGCUUCGAAUCCGAGUGCCGAGUGGUUCUUACGUAUGUAUGUACUAGAACAUGCAUACGUAAGAACCACUCGGACACUUCAUUCAUUCAUAAUUUGAUACAAUAUUUUCGAUUUGAUAUUUUCGUGACAUUUAAGAUUCUAGAUUCAAUUCCGUUCCCCUAAAAUAAUCUGAAGAUGACAUUUUUUUUUAAAACAUAUAUUUAAAAAUUUACCAUUAAUUUAGUUGAAGUUUGUAGGAUUAAGUACGCAUAGAUGACAAGCAAACAAUCACUUUUAUUUAUAAACAUAAUUAUAAUGUAAGCUUAAAAAGUUCAAAAUAUCACUGUAAAUAAGACUUAGUAUUAGUAAAAUAGGUAAUAUUCGUAGCUAUUUUGGGAAAAUUGUUAAUAGGUAACUAAAAAGUAUAGUCGUGGUUUGCUCAAGUAUAAUAUGUAAUAUGGUAACCAUGUGAUAGUAAUUUAAGUAUGGACGAAUAAAGUAAUUUUAUGAAUUAAU